AUGAGUUUACAAGUAUUACCUCAUGAAGAAGAAACUCUUUUUGAUUUAGAAGAAAAGAAUGAAGGUAAAAUUAUUUUAAUGCAAGAUAAGUUGAUAAAUGGUUUUGAAGAUGAAGUUUUGACAGAUUUAAAAACAUUACAUAUUGAAAAUUGGUUAGAAUUAAGUGAAAUGUUUCCAAAAUUUAUUCAUUGUGUUGUUGCAAUGGGUUAUGAAAAGAUACUUGUUUAUUUACUGGAAUUAUUCCCUAAAAAAAUCGAAACAAAAAAUGUAAUUGGUUCUACUCUUAUUUAUACUGCUAUUGAAGCAAGACAAGACAAUAUCACUCAAAUCUUAAUUAAUAAAGGAACAAACCUUCUUGUUAUCAAUGGAAGAGGGAAUUCUUUACUUCAUGCAAUUUCAAAAAGAAGUGGUGGAGAUAUGUUAAUUCUUAUGCAAAAAAUUAUUAAUUUACAACCAUCACUUUUAAAUACACAAAAUAACUAUGGAGAAACUCCACUUCAUCUUGCAUGUUUAUGUGGAAUAAUUGAUAAUGUAGAAUUAUUAUUAAAAAAUGGAGCUUGUACAGAUAUUGAAACAAAGAAUGAAAAAACACCAAGUAAUUAUGCUAUUGAAUCAGUAAAAUCAAGAGAAGUUCUAGCGUUGAUUAAUAAUUACACACCAAAAAUAACUAAACUUGAUGAAGAAAAAGAGAGUUUUACACAAAAAAUAACAAAAUCAAUAAAAAGUACAUUACAAAUAAAAGAAAUAAUAAAACCAGAAGAAGAAACAAAACUUGUUCAACCCGUUCAAAAAGAAGAGUUAAAAGAAAUAGAGGAGAUUGAGUCUGACCAAGACUUUGAAGAUGAUAUAAGCUCAAUUAUUGAAGAAAGAAUGUUUCAAAUUGAAGAAACAAAAGAAGAAGAAACAAAUAAUGAUAGUAAAGAAGAAAUAAAAGAAGAAGAAACAAAUAAUGAUAGUAAAGAAGAAACAAAAUUAGGAAUAUCAUUAAAUCCCCAAAAAAUAAUAAAGAAUGUAUUAUAUUUAGGUACAAAAGAGUAUAGGGAAAAAAAACUAGAAAUACUAAUUCAAGAAUUAUGCAAUUUAUAUCCUAUUGAUACAUUAGUAAUGGAUACUUCAUUAACUUAUGUCCCAAAUCAAAAAUAUAGAAUAUUAUCAUUAGAUGGUUUUUCAGAUAAUCCAAUUCUUCAAAUUUAUAUAUUACAAAAAUUAAUACAAAAAUUUCCAAUGUUCAUUGCUAAAUGUAAUGUAAUUGCAGGAGUUGGAAUAUCAGCAUUUAUUGCUGGUUCAAUUGCAAAAGGUUUAUCUUUAGAUUUUUUAGAAAAGGUUUUUCCUAUAAUAGAAAAAUACACUAGAGUCUCAAAAAAACGACGAUUCAAUUCAUCAACUAAAUAUACUAAUCGUUAUUAUGAUAUUGCAUGCUCAUCUUUAUUUUCUAAUCAAUCCCUUUCUGAAUUUCCAAGAAAAUUUUUUACGUAUUACCAAAAACUUUCUAAUUCUUUUGUUAUUGCAGAUGGAAGUGAAAGAGCUAAUGAAGUAAUUAUGAAGUCUUGUUCACUUCCAUUUCUUUUUAAACCUUAUGGUAAUUGUAUUUCAGGAAUGGUAAUUCAACCAAAUCCUUCUAAUUAUGCAUUAAUGGAUGCACUUAAAACAGGAAUUAGAAAAGAAGAUUGUGUUGUACUUUCAUUUUCAAAUGGAUUUGAACAUUCAGAAGAUGGUGAAAGUUAUCCUGAUUUCUUUUUGAAUGAUUGGUUCUCAUUAAAAGAAUUUCAAAAUUUUGAAGGUCAAAUUAAACAGUCAUCGAUUUUUUGUUCAACAAUUCUUGGAGAUAGAUUUUUAAGAUUUUCACCAAUGAUUCAUAAUACAAAUGAAGAAAAUUUGAAGAAAAUAGUACAAAAGAUGAGAUUUUCUAAAUUAGAACAAUGGUUAAGUAAAGAAUGGUUUAAUUAA